GAAACAAAAAUUUUGAGGUUAUGUUUUGUAUGGCUUUAGCUUUGUAACUUCGUAUGCAUAUUAUGCAAGAAAGAAGAUUGUUAUGUAUAAUUGUGGGGCUAAUUGAUAAGAAAAAAUAAUGAGUGGCCACACUGUACCAUGUGAUUACAACAGGACUACGUUCUUAAGAGUUUUUUCAUGUGUCGUGAUGUGAAAGCCAUAUUUUCGUGCCUUUUUGGUGCGACGAAUUUGUAUUAUUACCGUAGGUCGCGAGUCUUUAGUUCUCGUUUGGAAUUCAUCAAAAGCAAUUCAUGGAUUGACAGAGCCAUGGAGGCAAAUUAUGACGAAGAUUUGUCUCAAAAUCCAUUCUUACAAGAAAUGAAGACUGAGCAUCGAGCGACCUUCGAAAAAGCCAUAAACGAAGGUUGGAUUAUCUGUGUUCCUCGAUGUGGGAGCUUUUCCAGGGGUUCUCUUCUAGAAGAUGACUUCCUGAGUCAUAUCCUAGUGCCUCGCGAUGAAAAAUCAGGAACAUAUUUUCGCACUCUAACUGGGAAGGAAGUAAAACUGUGUAAUAGAGUUCUUACUUUCGAAUAUGAUAUUUCCAAACCAUGUUCGUUGCAUAUGCUAUUCGAGGAAACGUUUUAUACCGAUUUUCAUAAAUAUCGUAUAUGGUGCAUCGAGCAUCCCGUGGAACAAGGUGCUGGUACAUCUCGAGAUCAUGUACCAGCCGUAACAAAUCUCCGAGAAUCUAAGGAUUUACUAUGGACGGAAGUUCUAGACAAAAACGUUCUGAAAGACCUAGAUGCUGAAAUCGAGGAGUUUCAGCGGGCUCAAGAUCAUCUCGAAAAUGAACAACUACAGUUUCAAAGAGAUGCAGUAGGUGCUCUUUAUGCAAAGAGCUUAAGGGCUUUACUGAAAGACACAAGACUCCGUGAAAGAACUAUCAGCAGCCGCUAUUUCCUUCAAACAAUUAAAGUCGCUGUUGAAACGUACAUCCUCCAUAGUCUUCGUAACAUCCUUCCUCAAUCAGUUUCAACAUGCACUGCCUUCGAAGAUGCAAGUUUAAACAAAACCAUAAAAAAUCUGCACCAACUACAACUGAGAGACCUCGGAGUACGUUCAGACCUCUGCGAUGGUGUCCUAAGAGGAAAGUUAGAACUUUCUCGUCUUGAAAUAUUCAAUACAGUACUGGGAAAGAUUGGUUGUCUUAAGAGAGCCAUUAGGUUCAUUUCUCAAGGCGAAACCUCAGUUUCCUCCGACGAUCUUCUUCCCGUUUUGAUAUUUUUAGUCAUCAAAUCCGGAUUACCAAAUUGGAUAGCGCAACUCACUUUCAUGAAGCACUUUCGAUUCUCCGCGAAUUCUGUCUACGAAGCAGACGAGGCUGGAUUCCUAAUUACCUCCUUGGAAGCAGCUGUCGAACAUGUUAGAUCCGGAGUCUUAACCGGAUCUGCACAGCCCGAGGCGGAUAAUUUAGAUGAAGAAGAUGUUCUAAGCUUGGCAGUUAAUGGGAUUUUGAAGGAAGAGCAAGUUUCGUUAAUGUAUCUCUUCAAACGUAUAGAGAAGGGCGAUCUGGCAGAGGUGGAGAGAAUAUUGUCGAAGAAAGAGGAAAAGUCCGAGGACAAGAGUAAACUUUGCCAUCCACUCUGUACAUGCGAAUCCUGCAAAAGAAACUUAGCGAAGACUCUGAAUUCGAAUUGGCCGACGUUAAAUUCCAGGGACGAUAGAGGAUUAACAGCCCUUCAUGUAGCGAGUCUUCACGGACAAGUCACGGUUGUUGAUUUUCUUCUUGAGCAUGGUGCGAAUGUUAAUGAUGCUGAUGCUGAUGGAGUCACGCCUCUGCAUUGUGCUUCAGCAAGAGGACAUCAAAAUACGUUGUUAUUAUUGUUACAUGCAGCGGCAGAUUUGAAUGUGGCAGACACGAGAGGAAAUACCCCCUUGCAUCUUGCUGCUGAUCACGGUCAUGAUGGGUGCUUGAAAGCUCUGCUUUAUUUUGCUGAGCAUAUGAGGCAGAUAAUUAAUGUUAAUGCUUCUAAUUUUACUGGAGAUACAGCUUUGCACCAUGCAUCAAAGUGGGGAUAUGCGGGAAUUGUUGAGAUUCUUCUGGAGCACGGAGCUAAUCCUAAGGUUACCAAUAGGAGAGGAUUGACAUCGCUAGGAGUGGCUCAUAGUACACAUGUUUCAAGGCUUUUGGAAAAGAAUGGUGAUCGGGAUAUGCCUUUGGUUAAUAAGGUGAGAAGAGAGGCAAAGGAAUCCGGAGAAUCUAGGGCGUCAUCUUCAGAGAAAAAGAAGACGAAUGUAAAGAAGAAGGUUAAGUUUCUGGAUGCCGAACCACUGAAUGAAGAGUUCCACAAAAUAGAUAAAUUAAUCUCUGCAGUAGCAGAAGGAGAUAUUUGCUUAGUUUCUUAUUAUCUGGGACUGGAUGGACCGUUGAAAAAAAAAAUCCCAGAGGAUGAAUCAAAUUUUUGUCACCCACUCUGUACCUGCGAAAAAUGUGCUUCAGUCGAAGAAGUAAUAGACAAGGAACAAAGGAAGCCUCUCUUGGGAAUAAAUUCUUCUAAUAAGAAAGGUGAAACGGCAUUACAUAUUGCCUGUGUCAAUGGACAUGUAGAAGUCGUACAAUUAUUGUUAGAUGCAGGAGCUAAUGUUAAUCUUGCAACUCUGAAUCAAGGGCAGACACCAUUACACAUAGCCUGCCUUAAAGACAGACUAAAGGUAGUGAAGUUACUCUUGAAUUGCGGAAAUUGUAAUGUAGAUGCUAUGGACCAUUCUGGAGACACUCCUUUGCAUUUAAUGGCCAGAAUAGGUAACACCAGAAUUGCAGAACUGUUAGUGAGGCAUGGGGCCAAUACCAAAAGUCAAAAUUAUGAAGCUGUGACUCCUUUGGAAGAAGCCGAAAUUAGAAUCUAUAACGAUGAAGAUUUAUUUAUUCCUCUUGCCUCCUCCAAUAUUCUUAAAGUUCUUAAAGGAAAUGAAAGCGAAACUUCUAGUCAGGGUGGGAUAAAGGAAGAAUAAAGAAAAAACGAAAAGGAAAUUUUAUAAAUUAUUAUCAAAAAAUUGAGAAACGAGAGUUUCUUUCUAUAAUUUAAAAAUGUAAAUAUUUCUCUAACAUUAAAUAUUAUUCCGAUAAGAAAAUUAUGUAAAUUUGAGAAUUCUCUGAUUAUGAGAAAAUAGAGUAUUGUAUUCAGCACAAUUGCCUUGCUCUUCGAAUUGAACAAUUUGUAAUACAGUAUAAUACAUAAACACUAGCGGUCAAAAUUGUGCGUGAACUUACGAAAAUCGGGUUAAAAACAGGCUUGAAUUAGAAAUUGACUAACUCUGCACAAAAUUAAGUCAGAAUAAAAUUUAUUAAAUUUCAUUCAAAAAUAUUUUUUAUAAAUUAUAUUUAAUUAUUAAUUAGCCUUACUUAAAGUAUUUUUGAUAAAUAGAGGUCGAGAUAGGGUGUGAGAAAGAUCGACCUAUUUUCGCGUUUUCGGCCAAUUUUCGAUUACCAACUUCCACCUUCUGAAUGCUGCAGGAGAUCAAGAACAUAAUUAAAUAUUUAAUGAUUCUCGAAAUUAUCAGAAAAGAUGCAGAAGCAUUUUCAAGACGAAAAGCGGUCAGUUUAGUGGUAACCGCAGUUUUUUGUCUCAUUUCACAUGCGUUAACAGCUCGAAUGCCGCUCGACGCACAGCUUUUCGUCUUGGAAACGCUUCCAUAUUUUCUGUUACUGUUCGCGAACAAGUAAAUAUUUUAUGAUGUUUUUGGUCUCAAUUUAAGAAGGAAAUUUCUGAGGUUAAUUCCAGGCGUUAAUUCAGCGAAGUGUAGCUUAAGUUGAGAAUCAAAAAUUGGCCAAAAACGGAUAAUAGAUCGAUCUUUCUCACAUAGUAUAUCAAUUUCUAUUCAUGGGAAAUACUUUCAGUACGUCUAAAUUAACGCGAAUCUCAAUAAGAUUUAUAACGAGUUUUUAACGAAAUUUCAAACUUAAUUUUUUGCUGAAUUAGUCAGUUUCUAAGACAAGCCUGUUUUUAAUUCCGAUUUUCGUAAGUAGAUACACAAUUUUUACCGGUAAAUUAUAUGAUACAAAUAUAGACAUUUUUGGCUAUCGUCGUUUUUAUUUCUUAUAAAAUUGAAUAUCUCAUAUUAAAUAUUGAAAAGGUGACUGACUUUAAUAUUCUAUUGUUAAUUGUCGAAGAUCUCUCUGAAAGGAUUCCAAUAGUAAUAUAUUUAAUUAAAUUAUUUUAAUACAAAACUAUGAUUUGUAGUAUAAAGUAUCUUAAGGUUUAUCACACGGAAAAGAUUUUAAACACAUUCGUAGAACUUGUGUAGUUGUACAAACGUAAAUCUGAAUAUAGAAUACAGAACAAAAUACAGAUAAAA